UUUCGGCAAGAAACGACUGUUGAUACAAUAUUGAUACAAGGACGAGCAGAUCCGUCACACACACAGUGGGUGAAGACGUAUUAUGUUUCCUACAGUAUUGACGGUCUUACGUGGACCAGCGUGACGUCACAAAACGGGGACCCAAUGUUAUUUACCGGAAACAGUGACCGAAAUACCGUAGUCAAGUCCAGUCUCGUCCCCAGUAUCAAAGCUGUUUACGUCCGUAUCAAUCCCAGGAGCUGGAGCAUCCAUAUUAGUCUCAGAUUUGACAUCAGUGGAUGUUACAAUGUCAAGGAAAAAAAUAGCCGGUCGGACUUUUACAGAUUGCCAAUGUCACCCUCGGCAGACCUCAAUCAGCACCUUGUGUUCGAGUCACAGUCUCAGUCACUUCCGAACUGUGGUAAACUGUGUCAUAGAGGGGAAUUGUGUUUUUCCUUCACCUUUGACACACAUCAGAACACUUGUCGAGGCUAUAAACUAAUAGCCACGAAAACACUCGUGACCUUCUCCACAGAAUCAACGAACUAUUUCGUUAAUGCAGGGUUGCUGACAUCCAUUGGAAUCAAAAUUGUAUCGAACAUAGGCACGUUCUUCAAGGUGACCGAACUUGACUUGAACCAGACAAUUGCAUCCGAUGUCUGCACCCGACAAUACUCGGGGCUGAUGCGGAUUAAGUCGGAGUCUGAACUGUUAAGUGUACAGAAUGUCAUUGCCGGAAACACCAUUCUAGCAACAGAUCACAGCCAAUUGUUCGUGUCUGGUACGUAUGUGUUGCCAGAAUGGAGGUAUACUGAUGAAUCGGGAAUUAUCGACAGCGCUCUUUGGUCGCCUAGCAACCCUGACCCGAGUGAAGGUCACUGUGUCAUGAUGACACCAACAGGUCUGAAAAGUGUGAACUGUGCAACAAAACUCUUCUCCAUUUGUGAAUUCUUUUGAUAACAAAGAUGUUGGACAAGAUGGGGGAAAAUCCAUAGGAAAAUUUCCUUUGUGUCAGAUCGAGAUUCCAUUGACAUUUGAAUUCAACAUAAAAGCUACGUCAUUCCUUUCCUAUCGUCGUACAGUACCUUUAUUGUUAGGCAAUCACUUGGUAAAGACCACGGAAAAGUGGUAUUUUAAGUGACGGUAAGCCUAAUAUGGAUACAUUUUUACGUAUCAAAAUACAUUAAAAGGGCCACCUUUAUGCUAAAUAAGAUGUGAUAAUUACAUUUGAUAAAAAUAAAUAUUGACAUAAUAAAUAUUGACAUUGUCAAUAUGUUGAAAUUACAACAAAGUCCUGAUUUUCAAAUAAUAUGAUAAAAUUUAAUGCAAUUUACUGUAUGUUGUCCUUACUUAUAACAAAAUCUUGUCCAACACACUUUUGAAAAUCCGACAAUUUGUAGUGACCACUCAACAGUUAUGUUUAAUGUAAAAUUAUUUUUUUCAAGCGUAACUCCGUCGAUAUCUACAGACGUAAUCCUAUCUACCUUGAAAAUUACAAAUGUUAUUGUAAUAUGUAUAAAGGCAAGGGCUCUGAAAAUCAAAUUACAAACAAAAAAUCAGUUUUACCAUGUUUCAGUAAAAUAAAAUAAAAAUAAUAAUGUUGGAAUAUCUUAUUUACCUCUUAUAACCAGUUAAGAAGCAAUAACACUGCACCAAUCAGGAUUUUUACCAAAAGACUUAACAAUA